UUGACAUAGGAAUUAGGUACCUAUUUCAAACAAACAUCAAACAUGAAUUGAUUUGAAUUGUUAAUAUUAUUAAUUGUAGUGUGAAUUUAACAAGUCUUCUAGAGUGUUUUUACAAUAUAAGCUAUAGUAAGGACUCUCUCAUUGUGUUCGCUAGUUUUAGAAGUGUUUUUGUAACGAAUAGUCUUCUCCAAUCUUGCUUGUAUCAAUCCAGCCUUAUCAGUGUUGAUAAGAGAGAAAAAAUAUUUUAACAAUAAGUUCAUUCGUAUCUCACGUAUUUCGACAGAGUCUGUAAUCACACGUUUUAAUAAAAAUGAUUAUUUCAAGAGUAAGCGCAUUGAAACAUGCAAGAAUUCAAAGCUUGCGAUGUUUGUCAACAAUGCAACAAGUGGAGAAUGCGGGGCCGGUGGUGUUCCACAAGCUCGGCGGAGAGGACAGCGGUAUCGCAGUGUACGGUCUAAACAGCCCUAAAGCUAGAAAUGCUUUAGGGUUUGAUCUGCUAGAAAGUAUGAAAGAGGUGAACCAGUUGAUAAGGGAGGACACGAAAAUCUCAGUUGUUGUACUGCACAGUUUGGUUAAAGGCAUUUUUUGUGCUGGAGCAAACCUCAAAGAGAGAUUCAAAAUGAAUGACGAUGAAGUAGCGACCUUUGUGCGUACUCUCAGAAAUACGUUCAUUGAAAUAGAAGACCUUCCCAUGCCCACAAUAGCUGCCAUUGAAGGGGUGGCAGUAGGGGGAGGCCUAGAACUAGCGUUAGCCUGUGAUAUAAGAGUAGCUGCAGAGACAGCCAAGCUGGGCUUGGUGGAGACUGGACGAGGCCUCAUACCAGGCGCGGGAGGCACACAACGUCUUCCCAGGGUCAUACACCCUAACAUUGCCAAGGAACUGAUUUUUACAUCAAGAGUGGUUAGUGGGAAGGAGGCUAAGGAACUUGGAGUGGUGAAUCACGUGGUUCCACAGAACAGCACCAACACUGCGGCGUACGAGAAGGCCAUCAGCAUAGCGCGCGAGAUCAUAUCCAACGCGCCCAUCGCUCUGCGCUGCGCCAAGCAAGCUAUCAAUGAGGGGGUGCAACUCAGCAUCAAGGAUGGAUAUGAAGUGGAACAGAAGUGCUACGAGCUCAACAUCCCGACAAAGGACAGGCGCGAGGGGAUGCUGAGCUUCAUUGAGAAAAGGAAACCACAGUACAAGGGACAUUGACGCAUUUAUUGUUCAAAUAACAAAUAAAUAAUAAUUGUUAGUGUUACAAACAUCCACACACAACUACUAAUAAAAUAAAUAAUUAGCUGUGCUAAGGCACUAUAACUAGGUAAUAUGGCAAACUAGCCUUCAGGUACCAUUGUAUGCUCUUGACAUA